AUGCUGCGUAUGCUAAAUCAAAUACCUCGAUUGAUAACAAGAUCAUUUCGGACGUCGUCUGUUGGUUAUAAGGCAACACUAGGUCCAAUACUUGAGAACAAAUCGCAAAUUCAAGAUUUGGUUAACAAAUCAGAAUGGAAUAUUGUAGAUAUUAUAAAAUUUUCAGAAGAUGAAGUACGGAAUAUAAAGAUAGAUUCAAGAGUCAUAACUAAGAUGUUGAGAGCUUCAGGAUUAAAGGACAGUUUAUCUGAAGAUCAAAAAAAGAGUUUAAUAAGAGGUUUAAAAUUGCAAAUGAUAUUUAUCAAGUAUUUGUAUGAAGGUGACGAGGCAGAAUUCCAUAAGAUAGAAGAAAGUAACGAUGAUGUAUUCAGGCUAAUUUUGUCUGACCAUAAGGCGCCUAAGCCCAUAACGUUAAAAAGUUUGUUGUCCAGCAUAGAGAAUUUAGAGAACGAAGUUGAUGCAGAAAAGGGUGAGAUUAAGUCAAGUUUAGACAUAAGCAAAUUGAAUGGAAAUAAUCCUACAUAUUUCACAGUUAGAUCUAAUAAAGAAUAA